UUGGAGACCGAACGUUCGGUGACUGUCAAAGAGAAAAAUCAAAGCCUAUUGAUUCAUGUAGACAGUGCGUUUAUCCUAACAGAAUUGAGAUGGCUAUGAGUGUUGAUAAACUGUUGGCUGAUGCCCAGAUUCUUGUGGCUCGACUUCGUACUCAUGACACAACAGCAGACAUCCUAAUUGCUCACACGCAGACACUCCAUAAAAGAUUAGAUGCUAUGAAAGAGUACCAAGAUGACAUCACAGAGCUAAAUGAGAUUGCACGUCACCGUCCCCGCUCCACAUUGGUUCUUGGCAUUGCUCAGGAGAAUCGACAGAUCCGAGAGCUUCAACAAGAGAACAGAGAACUACGAUGCUCUCUGGAGGAACAUCAAAAUGCUUUAGAACUCAUCAUGCAGAAAUACAGGGAACAAAUGACAAAACUCAUACAGGCCAACAAUUUUGAGAAUGUUAUUGCAGAAAAGAGAGAUCAGUCGAAGGAUCUUGAACGUCUAAUUGACAAGAUAUGUGAGAUGGCCGCUGUAAUGCAACGAGCGGUCAUGGUUGACGAGGAUGCAUCAGCUAAGGAUCAGGAACUUUUCAGUCAGCUUCAGAAGGAGAAUAACGGCCUACGUGAACUCCUUGAGGUCUGCACCACCGCGAAGCAAAAAAUUCUUCAAUCUAUAACAGUAGAACAGGAUGAUAAAUACUGUCAGACAGAGGAAAUGUCAGGAGAGAAAACACCAACAGCAGAGCUCGAGCAGGAACCAGCGUAAUUAAUACUCGUGGUAUGAAUGAAUUAACAGUAAUAUGCCUAAAUUAAAAAAAACAUUGGAAGCUGUGCAAGAGCAUGUGUGCAAAAUAGGACUAAAUCCAGUUGAUUCCAGUUGUAAGACAACCUAGAUCUUGCCCCAUCUAAUUGUAGCCUUCUGUAUGGGCUUGUCAAUCAGAUGACAAGAAUGUUGUGUGAAGAUGUAGUAAAGAUCUUUGAUAGAUAUGUACCUUUUGAAUAGAUUACAAAUCUAUACUUUGUAAUGUUAAUCUAUUUAUUGAAUUUGGUAUUAUACUUUACAUUGCACGUUGAUGAAUAUUUUCUAUCUUAUAUUUUCCACUGUAUAAUAAACAUAUAGCAUGUCACAGAACUUCUACUUCACCCUUAACUAUCCAGAGAGAAAUCAUUCUUUCAAAAUGUGAAAAGUCAAAAUGUCAUACCUGCUUACAUUUGAAAAUUUGAAGUCUAAGCUAAAUUUGGUGGAUGAAAAUAUCAUUUCAAAUACAUAGUAAAUGAAGAUAAUUUCAUUCAGACAAACACCUAAAAAAAUCAAUGUCUAUUUUACUUACAUUUAGGCACUAAUUUACUGGCAUUAAUACCCUGCAUUUUAUGGCUUAUAAGUAUAUGUCACACCAUUUAACAUCAGUAAGGUGUUGAAAUAUAUGUAACACAUUGUUAUUAUAGUAACCUUAUAAAUCUUUCAUAUCCAUUCAAAACUUAAAAAAACCACCUUUGUUAACCCAUGUAAAUGCAAUCACCACACUCAUUUCCUUUCAGUAAAUUUCCAUUUAAAAUCAAGAACCUACAAGGGAAUUAAAUUUAGCCCUGUUGUCCAUAUGUUCAUAUUUCUCUCUUCAGAUGUGCAAAUAUCCCUCUAUUGGCACCUCUCAUCCUAAAAGUAGUGUCAAUAUUGGGAAUUGCUGAAAAAUUUUUUGUAUAGAGAAAACCUGAUUCAUUAUUUUUUUGAAAAUGUUUACUGGUUAUUUACUAGCUGUGUGCAUGUAUUUGAAUAGAUGGUAAUAUCGUGUUCAUAAUAUAUCUUCAUUAGAGCUGUCUACAUGUCCCAAGUUGAUUGAUAGACCGUCAAGUCUUCAAGCACCUGCCUAAUUCUAGUUGAUUUGAUUAAAUGCAAUUCGUCUUUAUCAGAAUAUCUACACAAUGACACCUGCAGAUAUGGGGAAGGUGCCUGAGUUUCUCCCACAUGUAACAGUUCCUCUUGGUGGUAUCUCUACUUACAGCUGAUCUGGGCCCUUAAUUACUGCAUGCAAAUUCAUACUGUAAACACUGUCAUUACAUCAUUUUAGGUAUGCAUGAAAGAUGGUUGUUUUCUGUAGGAUAUGUGUUUAUUCAGAUUUUCCUGCACUUCCUAUAUCCUACUUCCCAUGGUUUUCUGUGACAAAAGAGAGAAAGUUGUUAGUUUGCAACUGACCUGUCUGCAUCUUCCAUGUGUUUAACAAAUACUGUUGUUGUAUGAUAAAAGAUUGACGCAACUUAGUCAGGGUACUAACAAUUAGACCCACAUUUUCGAAAGUUUUUAUUAGAUCACACAAGGUGUUGUUUUUUUCCUUUUAUUUGGAAACAAUGAUAACCAGAUUUUUCCAUUCCAAAUGACAGUGCUUGCAAUGUUCGCCUAUAUUGCACGUAUUACAUCAAUAUAAAUAUCAAUCUUUCAAUAAGUUACAUGAUGUGUUUUGCUGGUAUUAAAACAUUGGUGUCAGUAUAAAAAAACUACACAAUUUCAUUCUAGGCUUAUCAAAGACUCUCAGUCAUUAUACUGUUUGUAUUUAAAGUGUAAUUCUUGCUAUAAAAUAUUGAAAUGAAUAUGUUUUAAUUAGUUUCAGUUACAAUAUUUUGUUGUGAUAAUAAACA